AAACUUAGUCAGGUCUUUUUGGUGAAAUUAGGAUAGGUUGGAAACUUGGAAUUUGUUUUUGUUUUUGGAAAUUUUCCUAAUCCGGUUUAAGAAAACAAAAUUUCGUCGUUUCGAAAUUUCAAAUCUAUUUAGGAGAGCAAAAAGUUAUAAUAAAAAAAGGAAACAAGUGGAAAAUUAAAAAAAGGAAACAAAUAAGAAGAAGCAGGCACUCCUCCGCUCUGCUUCCGCUUCUGUUCAUCUCUGAUCUCGGAAGAAGAUUACUCGAUACAAAAAAUCUUCAACACUUGAGGAUCGUCGGAUCCAUACUCAGCUUCUGGUAUGUGUAGCUUACCGAUCUUAAAGAGACGAUGUUGCCGUUUUCGAGCUCGUGGUCUGGACUCUGGAGUGGUUUUGAUUCUUCUGGUUCCUAUUUGUGGCUGAUUGUAAUGAGAGCAUAACCUUGAAAUCAUGGAGGAGAUUCGUUUAUCGCCGCUGAGACAAACAAGCUUUAAGUCUUCUUCACUGUCAGGGAGGUCUACUCCAAGAGGCUCACCUAGAGUACAUUCUGGUAGGACUCCACGUAGAGGUAGCGGAGGAGGAGGAGGAGGAGGAACGUUUCAGUGCUUUCGUAGUAGCCGACUGGUUUAUUGGCUGCUUUUGAUUACUCUUUGGACGUAUCUUGGGUUUUAUGUUCAGUCUAGGUGGGCACAUGAUAAUGAAAACAAAGUUGAGUUUUUACGGUUUGGAGGCAAACUGAGAAAGGAUGUUUUACAUGUUGAGACGAACAAAGGAAUGGGUGCUGUUGCUGAUGAGACUUCUGAUGCUAUGGUAAGUCUUACUGGUAAAGAUGAUGCUGGUGCGAAUAAGAGGACGGAUGUUAGUCUGAGCAAGAAAGACGAUGGGGCUUCUCGAAGGAGUUUGAGUUCCAAGCAGAAGACGAGAAAAACUGGCCGGGCUUCACGUGGUAAGAUCCGUGGUAAGCAGAAGGUGAGCAAAGAUGUUGAGACUAAGGAUUUGGAUGAUGAGCAAGAUCCACAACUUCCAAUGACAAAUGCUACUUAUGGUAAGCUUCUUGGUCCUUUUGGAUCACUAGAGGAUAGAGUUCUUGAAUGGAGCCCGCAUAGACGGUCUGGGACCUGCGACAGGAAAUCGGAUUUUAAACGCCUUGUUUGGUCAAGGAGAUUCGUCUUGCUUUUCCACGAGCUCUCAAUGACUGGCGCUCCGAUUUCGAUGAUGGAGCUGGCUUCAGAGCUUUUGAGCUGUGGCGCAACAGUCUAUGCAGUAGUUCUCAGCAGGAGAGGUGGAUUGAUGCAAGAGCUCACUAGGAGAAGGAUCAAAGUGGUUGAAGACAAAGGAGAACUCAGCUUCAAGACCGCUAUGAAAGCAGAUUUGGUCAUUGCAGGAUCAGCUGUGUGUGCCUCAUGGAUAGAUCAAUACAUGAAUCAUCAUCCAGCUGGUGGAAGUCAGAUAGCUUGGUGGAUAAUGGAGAAUCGAAGAGAAUACUUUGACCGAGCGAAACCAGUGCUUGACCGAGUGAAAAUGCUGGUUUUUCUAUCGGAAUCACAGAGCAAACAAUGGUUAACAUGGUGCGAAGAGGAGCAUAUAAAGCUUAGAUCACAACCAGUGAUUGUUCCACUAUCGGUUAAUGAUGAGCUGGCUUUUGUAGCUGGGAUUCCUUCUUCACUCAACACACCAACACUUUCUCCAGAGAAGAUGAGGGAGAAGAGACAAAUAUUACGUGAAUCAGUCAGAACGGAGUUGGGUUUAACAGAUGCAGAUAUGCUGGUGAUGUCUCUUAGCAGCAUAAACCCAACAAAGGGACAACUUUUUCUCCUUGAAUCCGUUGCCUUAGCACUUGUUGAGAGAGAACAAGAAGCUCAAAGGAAUCGCAAGGGCAUCACUAGGAAAGACAAAGCUAGUCUCUCGAGCAAACACCGUCUAAGAGGUUCAUCUCGACAGGUGAAAAGUGUUUCUCUCACACCUGACGAUGCCGUAACAAGCCAGAAGCAAGAAAUUAAAGUUCUUCUAGGAUCAGUGGGUUCAAAGAGCAACAAAGUUGGAUACGUUAAAGAGAUGUUAAGCUUCAUAUCAAACAACGGAAACUUAUCCAAGUCAGUCAUUUGGACUCCAGCAACAACUCGUGUUGCUUCAUUAUACUCUGCAGCAGAUAUCUACGUUACAAACUCUCAGGGAGUUGGUGAAACAUUUGGGAGAGUAACAAUCGAAGCAAUGGCUUAUGGACUAGCAGUGGUGGGAACAGAUGCAGGAGGAACAAAAGAGAUGGUGGAACAUAACGUGACAGGUCUACUUCACUCAACAGGAGGAUUAGGUAACAAAGAAUUGGCUCACAAUCUCUUGUUUCUACUUAGAAAUCAAGAAACGAGGCUACAAAUGGGGAUCCAAGGACGCAAAAAGGUUGAGAAGAUUUACAUGAAGCAACAUAUGUACAAGCGAUUCGUCGACGUUCUUGUGAAAUGCAUGAGACCAUAAACACUUUGAUCUUCUCAAAGCCCCCGAUUCUUAUUAAUUUUCCACGCUAUAUAAGUAUAUAUAGUCUUUCGAGUUAUUUGGAUUUUGGGGAAUUUCUUAUUACAUGCAUUAAUUUUAAAUUGUUAUCAUAGUGAUGUAUA